GCCUGUACAGUGAUUUGUGGUCCGAUCAGUCUUUUGAGCAGACGGCUAUCACAAGCGUGAUAUAUCCGACUUACUUUUACUCACUUAAAGAGCUUUGACGAGGCAGCUUAUGGCAAUACCAUGAAAUAUCUCUUUGGAAUCGCAGUGUUUCUCGGUUACUUUGCGUCAUUUUUUGCUCCAACUGAUUCGAGGAUUGACGUUAGUGGAUCAGGCCCCAAUGCGUGUCUCGUAUAUUAUCAUUAUAGUCAAAAAUAUAGAAAGAAAAUUGGUGGAAUUUCUAUUUCAUGGAUAACCAAAUAUCGGACCGUAACGAGAUCAAAAUGGCAAUGCUGUGCGGGUUGGCAAACUUCUAAUGGCGUGAACUGUGAUCUAGCUAUUUGCGAUUCAAAGACAAACCUGAACAAAGCGUGCCACAGAUGGGUCGCCGCUGGGCUUAUUGUUAAGCCCGAUGGGAGCAGUGUCACGUUCAGUGAAGGGAGUUGCUACCUCCCGCAGAAGUGCCAGAAGUGUGCCAAGGGAUUUUGGCCAAAGAAUGGUGGGCCAUAUUGUGAAGUUUGUCCCCAGAUUGCUAAUUGUGACUUUGAGGAAUGCAGCGACACCCAUCAGAUUUGUGCAAGAUGUAAUGGUGACUACGGGAUGACAGGUUGUAAUGAGGCUUCCCCAAAACAGAUUCAUGGCUGCAGCGCUUUCUUCACGAACCCUUUAAAGACAGCUUGCAUGGAGCUUUGUUCAUGGCGAACAACAAGUACUGCAUGCUGGCCAGGCGAGUGCGGUCCAAAAGGUCAUAAAACAGACUGCAAGUGCCACCCUUGGUUUACUGGACCAGAAUGCAUGACCAUCACGAAACCGCCGGAAAUCCUGUUUGUUCUCAUCAAACUGGACAAACAUAUCGGCGGAGAUCAUUACAGGAAUCUGAUGCAGAACGACCCAAACGAACUCAAGAUUACUCGUGUGUACUGGACAAAUGCGGAAGCCACUCACCUCGACCUGAAAGCGAAAGCUAACCAUACGGCUAAGCUGAGUCCGAGGCCCAAAUAUGUUAGUAAGGACAAGGCCAAGACGAACAUCGGCAUCGUCCGUGCUAGUGUUACCAUUAUUUCAAGGCCAGCAAAUGGGACUGCCCGUACCUCUGCCUACCCUCUUUGCGGAGGCAAAUCGUUUGUUGCUGCUCCGGAAGGGAAAGAACCAGUGAAUUGUCAGGCGUGGGAGGUCCUCGGUGGGAAGAUGCUGCAGCAUGUUAUUGAACACGGAGCAAGUCUAGAGAUAGAAGUCGUCUACGUCGCUGGUGGAUUUGUGACAAUUAUCGACCUGGACCGUGGCAUGAAUAAUAAAGAAACAAGGCACGACUAUAUCGAGAUCACCUCCAAGUAUAAGACCACAUUCAAAUGGGAUCUUCACAAGCCUUACAGUACAAGUAACGAUCAUUUCCGACUGUCAACGGAGAAGGCAAAGACCGUUGAUCAAACCAUCACGGGAACAUGGCAGGGCUGGAGUGAUGACGACUCUCAAGUGCAUGAUAAUGUCACCGUGGGGGUCACGCGCCUGGAAGCAGUUGGGAAAGAACUGAAGGAUCAUUGUGGGGGAGGUGAAGCAGUAAUUCCUACAGCUACAGGAUCACGAUCGUUCAACGUUAAGAAACCCGGUGUAUAUUCCGUCAUUCUCACCGUCUCUGACAUAGCCGGCAACCAUGAACGUUCGAGGCGAUUCUUCACCUAUGACCCGGGCUCCAAGCUCCAAAUCAUGACCGGGACUAACGCAUCGUUUAGCAGCGCAGCUAGCAACACCAGCUACGAUGACCAGUGGCAGCACAACACUGACAUUGCCAUUCCUGUGGUUUACACAAUCAGCGAGGGCCGCUUCAUCAACCCUAACCAUACCCAUGGAAACUGGUUGGGGGCGAUCCUUAAGUGCCAUGGAAUGAAUGAUACGUAUGAUGACAACGACCGGCUGAGGACGACUUCUUCCAUAAGGAACAAUCGGGGCGUGGUCGAGAUGGAGAUUGGGUACCUUCAAUACCGAUCUCUUGAUAGGCCAAACACACCUGUCCCCUACAAGUCUAUUGAUAUAUUCACCACGACUAACUCUUUUAACAUUGUAAGGAAGGAUGGUGACACCAUUGAGAUGUUUAUCAAGGUAACAGACUACAUGAACAGGUUCUUUGAGGAAAGCAAGAAAGUCCGCAUCGACUCCAGUCCGCCUGUGAUUCUAAAUGUUGCAUUGUGGAGGGAAGGAGUAAAAAGGCUUGCCGUUCACAACUCCACGGAGCUCCGCACGAUGACGUUUGAAUGGUGGGCGUUCGAUUAUGAUACUUGCUUGAAACAAGUCGAAUGGACUAUCUAUGAUAACCACACCACCCGUAAGGAAAUCUUCUACCAUGGUCAUCAGAAGAUUGGUCAUCAGGGACGACACAAGGACCUUGCUGCAUGUAAGAAGAAAUACUUCGAGGCCCCGAACGGCCCGGAUUGUUAUGCCACUAUUUACCACGGUGCCUGCCACAAGCACUUUCGUGUAACGCCUCAGGUCUCAACAGGUGGACUUAAUGGACUGCACCCUGAUAGAAAGGAAGCCCUCCACGAUGUCGACCUCUUCAUCAAUAUAACAGUUAUCAACUGGGCAAACUUAAAGUCGACAUUCGUUAAGAAGAUCUCGAUUGAUAAGUCUCGUCCUAGACGAGGAGUAGUCCAUGACGGGCUCCCAGGGGCUCCUGACGUUGAUUACCAAAGUAGUAGAAACCUUGCAGCAUACUGGGAUGGUUUUUUCGACCACGAGAGUGGGAUUGUCUACUUUCAGUACGCCUGGGGGACUUCUUGUCAGGGAACCGGUGUAUUUGGAAUCAAAUAUGACAGCGCAAAGGUUAAGAAAACAACACAAACCUCUGCUCAAUGGACAGCGCCGUCGAAAGGGAAGUAUUUCAUCACAGUGGUGGCUUUCAACGCUGCGUUGGACCAUUCAGAACCAGUUUGUUCUAAUGGCGUCAUGGUGGACGAAACCGGUCCAGUCAUGGGGGGAUCUACAAUUGAAAACACUGUUACAAAACCAGGUCUACUCAAGCAGGGUGGGAAGGUGUACUAUAUCAGGAAGGACAGAAGAAGAGUAAGGAUUGAAAAGCCAUCUUCCUCUUGCCUUGCCAAGGCAACUGAGACAACGGACAUCACUAUAUACUCUGAUGCAGUAUUCCCAAAUGGAACACUGGUGACAGAAUCGACUAAGUUCUGUCAGAGUCAGCGUCCACUGUCACUCACUGCAGUCACACCACUCACGAAAGAUUCCUAUAUUUCCGCCAACUGGACAGCCCACGAUAACGAGAGUGGUAUACAGAGUUAUCAGUUUGGUUUGAUGAGUAACAAGGGGGCAAGUGCAGCCCCGGAUAUUCUACCCUACACUCCAACCGUUUUUGGCAGCCGUGGACAUUUCAAACUGCGUCACCCCGACCUCACGGCUGGGAAAGUGUUUUAUGUUGGAAUUAUAGCAAAGAAUAAGGCUUCACUGACAACUGAAAAGGUUUUCGGUCCGUUUGUUGUGGAGGUGACACAUCCAAUCUUCACUGGUAAGAUCGAGACCCAUGCCAAAAAUGGUGAACUUGUGGCCACUUGGCCCGCAAAUGGUUUUGUUGAUGGGGAAUCUGCAGACCCGUUCACUUAUGAAUACGCCGUAGGUACAUCACCGAGUGGAAUAGAGGUCGUAUCAUGGUCACCUCUCGUCGUCGGCGCAGACUGCAAACUAGCGCUGCCACCUACCCCAAGCUGCACCCACAUUCCCAUGAAGUCCAGGCGGCUCCACGCCGGCGAUACGUACUACGUCUCAAUCAAGGCUACGAACUUUGUCGGCCAAUCUGCAGUGGUGACCGUCCAAGUGAAACAUUACGCUGACCCUCCUGCCAAGGGAAUGGUGCGGGACGUUGCCCCGGCAAGUGAGCAGCCCAUUGUGUCCCUUGGUCAACACGAUGACAUAGAUUUCCAAAAAAGUAAAAAGUCCCUCGCGGUUGCCUGGACAAACUUGGGUAGACCUUAUCAUACUACCCAAUAUCGUGUAGCUGUGGGGACGACAUCUGGUGGAGUGGAUGUGGUGGCCCCAAAGACGGUGACCGGCUCGAGCUAUAGAUUUGACGGUCUCAACCUAGUGGCAUUUAUGACCUACUACACGACGGUUUGGGCCAAGAAUGUGAACGGCGAGGUGAAGAUCACCACUGAUGGUGUAAAGGUCAUUGACCAAGGGGCUACGGUCAAUGCAAAAGUGUUCGAUGGUCCGAGGCCUUGCCCCACUUUGGUCUGUACAGCAGACAUCGACUACCAGGCUUCUACAUCCUCCCUUUCUGCCCAUUGGUCCAUUCCUAGCAACAUGGUCGACUACGUCAGUCACGUGUACUGGAAGAUAGAACAACAGGAUGAUGUCAUGGACUCCACUUCAUGGAAAACGUUUGAACCGUUUGCACUUGUCCAAAUGUCAGGCAAUGUUACACGAUCAAACCUGGGCUUGGUGUCUGGUAAACGCUACCGGUCAGUGCUGAGGCCCUGCCAUGGAACGGUCUGUUUCAGUGAUGUUUACAGUGAUGGUGUGCUCAUCCUUGCUAAGCUUCCCGCGGGUGGUUUAAUCUCUGAGGUGCUAUACAAGGACAAAACAAUAAAAGUGGCGUUAAACAGAUUUGUCGACGUGGACAUCCCUGAGCUGUACAGUGACUUCCGUCGCUCAGUGAUUGAUGUUUAUCAUUGGACAGUUACAACCAACAAUCAACCUGGCCAAAACAUCGAAGAUUGGAGGAAGGCUGAUGUUAACAUAUUGGCCGAUAAGACAAAGGGUGAAUUCACUGCGGUUUUCGACCACCCGUUGGCAUUCAAAGAUUGUUACCGACUUGCUUUACGCGGCACCUCAAAGUCCGGGCUGAGCACUACACUAUUCAAGGAGGUCAAAGCCUGUGACACUAUUAAACCAUUCGAACCAACUGUCAUAGACGCUGUUGGACUGCCAGUGAUAGACCAAGCAACGAAGACAAUUAUUCCAAAUACUGGCCAGCCCAUAACGAAGAAGUUAAACGAUGCUUGGCGCGUACCUGAUCAAGACUACACAUCCUACAAGAACAUCCUGUCAGCCACCUGGCCCAGUCUUCGCCACAGAAAGUACAAAUAUGCAGUCAUAGUGGACAGCAUGCUUAAGCCAUUCGGGCACAAGGACAGACCUGAUCAGAUGAUCUACAAAGAUCCAUGUUCCCUGCCUACAGCAAUCAAAUGUGGAGAGACGGAGCAUGAAUUUGCCAAUGUAGAGUUGACGCUCACCCAUGGCAGGCGGUACUACAUCUGUGUCCACGCUGAUGCUAUGACAAAGAAGCAUGAGAAAUGGACUGAGCCAUUGGCAGAGGUGAACAGUUGCAGUGAUGGUAUCACAGUCGACCUCACAGCUCCUAAACCUGGCAAGGUGUGGGUGGGAGCCGAAAAGGGAGAAACAUUUUUGCGAUCUCAUACAGAGAUGUCUGUCAACUGGUCAGGGUUUGAAGAUGUGGAAGAGCAUGGCCAAUCACCCGACCUUUCAGGGAUAAAGUAUUAUGAAUAUGGAGUUGGUUCACUCCCUGGUGUUGAUGAUAUCGCUGAAUUCAAGAACGUCGGGUUUACGACGCAUCACCUUAUACAUGGACUCAAUCUCCAAUCUGGUAGCACGUAUUACGUUACUGUUAGAGCAACCGAUUAUGUAAAUCUGACAGCAAAUGCCACGAGCAAAGGGGCCACGGUGGAUACAACGCCCCCUGUAAAAAAUAAUGUCACCAUGAAGAGCCACCACACAACUAGCGCUGUCGUGUUUGCAAGUUGGGAAGGAGUGUUUCUUGACAGUGAGUCUGGAAUCUCCCAUUAUGAGUGGGCAGUUGGGUCCCAGCCAGGUUACGCCGACAUCAUGCCUAACACAGUAACAGCACAGACCUACGCCACUUCUACUAGCAGCCUGGACAUGCAGGAAGGCUAUGUGUACUAUGUGUCAGUUAAGGCAUUCAACAAAGCAGGCCUUUCAAGUCUUGCCACCGACUGGCCAUUGUUAUUUGACCCCUCACCGCCUGUCCUGGGAUACGUCUUCGAUGGAAGUCGGGACCAGGCCACAGCUGGCCGCAAGGACCAGAACUUCCAGAGAGAUGAUGACCAUAUCUGGGCUUACUGGGACUUCAGUGACCCACAUUCUGGCGUCGUCUCCUACAGCUGGUCAGUCGGGACUUGUGUUGGCUGUGGUGACAUUCUCAAGGACCAUCCAGUAGGGGCUAACACAGAUGCUGUUGCCACUAAUCUAGAGGUAACCCUAUGUCAAGGUAAGACAUAUUAUGCCACUGUCACAGCAUGUAAUGGAGUAGGCCUGUGUUCCACUGCCUCGUCAGAUGGAGUGCUCAUAGACAGCACACCACCUAUCAAGGGAUUGGUGCAAGAUGGUGUUGGACUCCAGGAUAUUGAUUACCAAAACCACAGGAAAUAUGUUGGAGCGAAAUGGUGGGGCUUCCUUGAUGCACAGAGUGGCAUAUCGUAUUACUCCUGGUGGAUAGGCACGACCCUUGGUGGCAAUGAGUUGAUGAAGGAAGAGCGCCUCCACCACUCUGAGAUGGCCUACCGGCUGGAAUUACCCGGUGGCAUUCAGCUGCCAGUAGAUAUCCCCAUCUAUAUCACAGUGAAGGCCACCAACCAUGUGGGUUUGUCAACCACUGCCACUUCAAAUGGCUUCAAAGUGAUCACAGCACCUCCAUCAAUAGGAAAAGCCGCCACACACAUUGAAUCUAAAGGCUCCGUCUACAAGAACACACAAGUCUUCGGUAGUGCGAUUGGUGUCUCUUGGGAGUUUGAUAGCUCUAAAUGUCCAAUACGGUCUCAGCAUAUUCGGCUGCAUGCGGAUCGAUUCCACAGAAGAGAUAUGCCUACUGUUCCAAUAGGAAGCACCUUCAAAUCCUACUUCUUAACAAAUGUAAGCCUUAUUGAUGGAACGUCAUAUUUCGUGUCUGUCAUUGCUUGUAAUCUGGCAAUGUUGUGCACAACAAGUACAACCCCGAAGAUACUUGCGGAUAACUCUCCGCCAUUAACAGGGAUGGUUGCAAUAGACACAGAACAUGCAGCAGAACUGAGCCGUGAAGAGGCAGGCCAUUGGACGUACACUGCGGAUUCUUUAUCGUUCGCUGUACUUGGUUUCAGUGAUGCCCAUUCUGGCAUCAAAUAUUAUGACGUCAGUGUGGGGACGAUGUACGGAGGAAACGAUAUCACGAAUGGCAAAGUUAUUCGCUUCAGCCACGGUCCAUCUCCCUGGUCUAGGCGGAAUGAAGGAACCAUUCAAAAGUUGGUCCUGAACGGUGAAAAUAUCACCAGCGGUAAAUUUAAGGCAGUAACGGAAUUCUAUGUUUCUGUCGUGGGCAUCAAUGGGGUUGGCUUGGAGAGUGCUGUCUUGAUCAAGAAGUUCAGGAAGCUGAUCGGUGGGGGUCUUGCAUUGAUACGACGUUGUCAGUAUGAGCUAUGCAAGGGUCAUUGUGUAUGUUCUCCACAGAAUGCUAAGUGUGAUGGUCCAACUCAACUAUGCACAACAAAAUCAUCAGGACUCAAGCUAAGUGUGUAUGAUGUUGUUGAUAUACACCCAAACACUUCUCCCGUCGACAUCAGCCACAGCCCUUCAACGUCUGUAUUGGCGGCGUGGUGGAAAGUAGAUCCUACAUCCACUGUUCAACCAAUCGGCUAUGAUUAUGCUGUUGGUUUGACAGCGAGAAAGGAGCCGACGGGUCUGAGUUCAAGGGAUAACAUCAUCUGGCGCUAUGUCGGUCGCAGUCAGAGUGCUAUACACACUCUAGGACCGCAUGAUGAAUCUCUCCUUGAAGGCGCCAAGUACAGUGUCUUUGUCAGAGCCUGGACCAGCAGAACCGAGUAUGGGAUUUUCAAGUCUAAUGGUGUAGAGCCAGCAGUAAAGUCACCCUCACUCUCAAAAAAGCAAGCUGCGACCGUAAAAGACUGUCGUUAUGGCGACCCCAAAAAAGGCACCUCGGCGGUAAAGGAUGUGGAUGUCUAUAACAGGACGGACAUGUUCUGUGUCUCGUGGAAGAAUGCCUUUCAAGGGAGAAGCUGGGACAAGUAUUAUGUAUCUCUGGGUACCUACCCUGGCGGCCAAGACACACUGAAGUUCCAGACUCAAUCCUCUACUACGUUUUCGGUUGAAUUGUCCAACUUGAAGUCGGUCCCGGGGAGGAGGUAUUACAGCAAUGUGAGGGCUUGCAACAAGGCUGGUCUCUGCAAUGAGAGGUAUUCUGAUGGAGUUCUCAUUGAUACCUUUCCACCUCUUACUGGCGUUGUCAAUGACGGAACGGGUUUGCAUGAUGAGGACUACCAGAAUCGAACCAAUCUGGUGGCCGCUCACUGGCAAGGUUGGGCUGACCUUGGUUCCGGUAUUGAUCGCUACAUGUGGUGUGUGGGUAAAACACCAGCGAAGGAUGAGUGUGGCGUGAAAACUUGGACUAAUGUUGGACUUCAAACCAGAAUUCAAAAGCUACUCAGUACACCUCUCACUGCAGGUCGUAAGAUCUACAACAAGGUGUAUGCAGUAGACGGUGUUGGUCAUCAAUCAAGCGUCGUUGUUUCUGAUGGCGUCAUGAUUGACAGAUCGCCACCAGACAUUCUAACCAAGCUCAAGUUUGGGGACAACGUAAUAAACAAUCCAUCCUUCGAGGACAACCCCGGUCCCAAAAUGGCGGCUGCUACAUCCAUCACCACUACACCGUUAAAAACGAUAGAACCAACAGGAUGGAAAGCCAAGGGAACAACGGUUGUUACGCCUGUAGACGAGGCUUUACUUGCCAAGCAAGGCCGGCAGUUCCUUCUUCUCUACGGUUCUCUGUUUCAAACACUGACGGGUUUGGUGAUUGGGACAAAAUAUGUUGUGACGUUAUACGCGAGUCACAUCCACCCAUCGCACUCGCCAGGUCCGACUCGAGGCCGAGUCCAGUUACCUGAUGGGAAAGGAUAUGUCUUCAGCCUUCAGAACAGGACCUACCGCCAUGAUGUUUUUGGUAAGACAUCAAUAACCGCUUGGAACAAACAUGUCUGCUAUUUUGUCGCCACUUCAACUUCCGGUGAUAUCACCAUAUCGUCUGUUGGAGCGAGAAGUGGUAUUGCUUUCGAUGACGUCGUUGUGAAACAGAUCCAAGAUGGUGACGCCUCACCCGGGAACAGUUACAUAUCCUCGAGUUUCAAAACUCCGAUGCAUGUGUACGGUUUUUUCACAGCCCAAGGGGAUACUCUUCAUCUGGGCUGGGACUUUGAAGACAAGGAAAGUCCGAUUGUUGAGUACAAAUAUGCAGUGGGAAAGAGGAAAGGUGGCUCAGUAAUUUCCUAUUUCAAAUCCGUCGGUUUGAAACCAUUUACCCAGGUUACUGAUCGGGACCUAAAACUGAUCCACAACUCUAGCGUCUAUGUGACUGUCAUCGCCAGGAACGCGGCUGGUCUCAAGAAGAUUCUUCUCUCGGAUCCAAUCAAGAUCGACAAGACACCGCCAGUUAUUCACCAUGUAUGGGACGGAACCGAUAAAGAUGGAGACAUUGCCCACCAGGACUCGUCUACAGUCAAAGCUCAGUGGAGUGUCGACGAUCCAGAGUCCGGCAUAGAGUAUUGCGAAUACGGAAUAGGAUCUAGACGCGGGAUCUUGGAUAUCCAACAUUUCAAAAAGGUGCAGGGUGGGGCAAGUAAAAUAUCACAUGCUCUAAACCAGUCUGAGGUGCCAGCAAGAAUCUACACUUCAAUCCGAUGUCACAAUUUUGCCGGCGGUGCAACGACCAUGACAUCAAAUGGAGUAGCUUUUGCCCAGGCCAAACCAAGCACCAAGAGUGCGUGGGUUCGAAUCAUGUCUCGUUCUCCGACCGUCUACCCUAACCAGUGGAGCGCUGCAGGGAUCCAUCAGAGUCAGACAGAUGAGUUGUUUCUCCGCUGGGAUGGGUUUGAGGAUCCAAACGGAAUCAGUAACUAUGAGGUGAAUAUCCGGGACAUUGCCAAGAGUGGUCCUAUCUGGGAUCAGUGGAUCACAGUUCCCGGCAAUAUGAAAUACCUAAGAAUCCACGAUCUCAAGCUGAAGGCUGGCGGAACAUACGAGCUUGUCGUCCGAGCUGUGAAUGUUGUUGGUAAAAGAAGUUCGAAGGUGGCUACCAGAGUCAUAAUUAGUAGUACACCACCGACAGUGAACACAGGCAAAACACCAGAGUUGACAUGGAGCAUCCCCAACAAGUUGUUUACCAUGGAUUGGUCUGGUCUCUUUUCAAAGAAGCCUUUCUACUACGAAGUUUGUUUAGGGACGGUCCAAGGGGGCGCUGAUAUCAAACUUUGGCAGGAGACGACUUCGGCGAACGUGACAAUUGAGCUUGAAACAGCGUGGCAAUCAAGCGGUACAUUCUAUGCUACUAUUACCGCAGUCAACCCUGCUGGACUCUCCACCAAGUACCUACACACCAUCCACAAGAAUGCUAUAAAAUCAAAACCUUAAAACGUCUUAAGGUCGAAUAUAAAAUGCUUUCACUUUAGAGAGUGACCUGCGAUUUCGUUUUGUAUUGACACGGAGGCAAUGAAUAUGUAACUUUUAUGCGCAAGAGAUAGGAUAUAUACCGGAAAAACUGAAAAAUGGAUACGAAUGAUAUAUCACAUGGAAAUCGUGACGUCACAUGUACACUUACAUGUAUGUGUUGCACCACAGAGGAUGUUGGCUCACGCUUUGUGAUGUCACGCGAUUUUUCUCUCUUUUUUUGCCUUCGUGAUUUUAACACUUGUUGUCCCAUACGCAUGGAACUUACAUAUUUGUCAUCCGAACUUAUACCGGUGUGUAAUUUUUAUUCUUCUGCAUCAGUAUUAAGACAUAGCUGCUGCUUCAAUUAGCUAAAUGCCCUGCCUAACAUUCACAAAGUCCUUGACAGACAACCUGGCCGCAAGAAAAAACAAAUUAGUCACAUCGUCUUGUUGACCUAUCGCCGUUCACAAUAAUCUUAUAUUUGUCAACGUCGAAAAUAACCCCACAUUGCAAAAAAAUGCUCUUGCAAUUUUGUUGAUUGGAAAAACCAAAAGGAAUUUCGUAGUCUGCCAAAAUAAAAAUCUUGAUUUUUUUAGGGAUUUUGUGAAUUCAUUACAUAAGGGGCGCAAAUAUUUCGCUGAUUGCAGUUUUCCAUAUUCGUGAUUUAGAGAAAACAAGUUUUCAUUUAAUGAUUAAAAUAAAUAAUAGAAGACAUAUUGUAUAUUACAUUAUAUCAUAGUUUUGUAUA